CGCUGGGCGCGAAGAUCGCAUCCGUUACGACGCCUGGUGUCGGCGCCACCAUGUGGUCCAAGACGAGGAGAAGAAGCAAGAAAAAAAUCCGUCGUUUGAGGGAUAGUAGAACGCACAGACCACAUGUCGUGGGCCGUAGGGCGGAAGAGCGGGCUUGCGGACGGUCCGGACCUUUAGCGCGACAAGCGGCCACGGCUCGCCAAGUGGCUGCGCUCUCCUAUUCGCUUAUCAGCCUGCACCAUCUUCUAUUUUUGCUGGCCUGUCAACGGUGGGCGGGAUCCAAGAAUCGGCACAAGAUACGCACCUAGACGUAGAGAUUCUCUCGUGUAGGAGCGCCAUCCAGAGAAUCCUGCCAUGGCCUCAAAAUUCCUUCGAGCGGUUGCCCAACAGGAGGCAACUCCGAACGCCACUGCAUGUGGUGGCGGACAAGGCCAAACACCAACCCUGCAAGUCACAGGCUCCGGUGCUCCUUUGCGACACCCCGACGUGCUCCAACGGCUCGGCGGGCUCCAGGAAACCACAAAACAGCCGAACGUGGCCGUGCUGGGAAUCCAGACCACCGCCGGCGCUGAUGACAAAUGGCCGGCCAAGAAUAUCGGCUCCCGACCGAAGCAGGCCCCGUGGCCUCGCUGCUGUCAGCCACCUUGCGGCUCGGCUCGGCUCGGUGGGGACGGGUGUCUGCAGGUGGCACAGCUUGAGCAAGAUCAGAGGGAGAAUGGUGCACGGACCGACGGCGGCGCAGGACGCGCAAGCGUGUGUGCGCCGUGA